UUUCCAUUGCGUGACCCUUUUUAGAGCACCGCGGAGGAGAAGCAGCUCCUGGGGAUAUUUUUCCUGCCUUUCUGCUCUUUCCUCUUGGCGCUCUUCUCCCUCCCUCCGUUUCCCAGGCCAACAGAGCCGGCCCCGGGCUGCACCUUUCCCUGGAGCCCAGCCCAUCCCAAACACUCGCGGCUCCUCCGGAAGCCUCCUGCCAGCUCUGCCCGCUCAAAGUCACCUUGUCCCAGCCCGCCGCGCUCCGGCCUCUCCCGGCAAAUCAUUAAUCGGCUCCUCGGCAUUCCCGCAUGGAAAAAUGCCCCAGCGGGCGCCCCCGGCCUGGCACUCGGACAUGCCGCUGCCCGGGAAGCUGCUGCUGUCGGCGGCCGCGCUGCUGCUCCUGUCCCUGGCCCUCAGGUUUUACAGGAACCGCUCCCCUCCCCCGGGAAAAAUCCCGCCGGGAGAGCAGCGGGAAAACCGGGAUGGGGAUGGGGAUGGGGAUGGGGGUGCGAGGAGGAGGAGGAGGGAUGCGGGGGACAAAUCUGGGAAUGGCCUCGGGAUGCGGCACGCGGCUCUCCAGGGGGAGAGGAGUUUUCCAAGGAGUGAGGAGGAGGAAGGAGAGGAGGUGGAUUCGGAGCUGGGGCUGAUUCCCAGGAAAGCCCCGCUUGGUGAGGCCAGGACGGAGAGGGAGUUGGGAAGGAAACUGGGAUGGAAGUUGGGAAUUAAAUCAGGAAAUGAAGCAGGGGUUGAGCUGGGGAGGGAUCCCGGGAGCAGGAUGGGAAGGGAGCUGGGAAAAGAGCCGGGAAGAGAGCUGGGAAGCAGGCUGGGAAUCAAGCUGGGAAAUAAUCCAGGAAGAAAGCCAGGAAGCAAAGUGGUAACGAAGCCAGGAAAUGAGCAGGCAAUCGAGCUGGGAAAUAAAUUGGGAAUUAAAUCAGGAAUCGAGCUGGGAAGUGAGCAGGGAGGCAAACCGGGAAGCAAGCUGGGAAGCAAGGCAGGAAUCAAGGUGGGAAGUGAACUGGGAACUGAGUCGGGAAUUUUGCUGGGAAGUGAUCUUGGAAGUAAGGCAGGAAUCGAGGUGGGAAGUGAGGCAGAAAUUCUGCUGGGAAGUGAGCUGGGAGGCAAGGCAGGAGCUGAGCUGGGAACUGGGCCAGGAAUUCCACUGGGAAGCGAGCUGGGAAUUCCGCUGGGAAGUGAGCUGGGCUCUCACGCUCCCGGGGCCGUGGCCGGAGCCCGGAGCAGCCCCGCGGAGAGGGACCCACCCUCCCCAAGCCCCGGGCGUUCCCCAGGCCAUGCCCGCACAGAGGGGGAUGGAUGUGCCCAGAGCACGGAGCGGGAUCCAGCUGGAGCCGGGAGGAGCCGGGAGGGCAGCACGGGGACAGUCCGGACCCUCAGCGUCACCUCCGGCCUGGGGCUGCUGCUGGCGGCGAGCGAGGCGGGCUCGGACACCUCCUACUGCUUCUCCUCGGUGGCCAAGAUCCGGGUGGAGGAGAACCUCAUCCCGGAGCGCCGGGACAGCGGCACGGACAGCCCGCCCGGGCCCGGCCUGCGGGGCAAAGUCUACGACUACUUCGUGCAGUCCAGCUCCGAGGCGGUGUCCAGGCGGGCGCCCCUGCCCUUCGUCCCUGCAGGGACGUCCCAGCGCCGCGGGGAGCGGGGCCAGGCAGGGCCGCACAGCUCCGGAACCCAGCGGGAGAACCCAGCUCGGGAAACUCCUGACCCCGACGCCUCCACAGCUCCACAGGAGGGCACGGAGAGCCCUCCCGAGCCACCUUCUCCCGGCUGGAAGGACAGCGCCCUCGGGAUCGCCCCCCAGCCCCCGCACGGGGCUCCUGAGCCGUGCCAAGCGCCAGCGCCCGGCCAGGUGCACCUGGGGAACUGCAGCGAGGUUCUGAGCCAGGCCAAGGCGCGGCAGCUGCGGGCGCUGCAGGACGCCGCGCUGCAGGUGAUGAGCCAGCACCUCCUGCAGGUGCUGCGCUCCCCGGACAUCUACGGCCGCCUCAACGCCGGCGAGCGGGAGCUGCUCCCGGCACUCCGGAGCCGCGGGCGGCCGCGCCUGGUGGUGGCCGAUGUCCCCCCGGCCGAGCCCGGCCACCGCCGCGGCCGCCUCUGCUACUACGACGAGGACGGGGACCGCUGGUGCCAGCUGUGCCAGCUGCCGGCUGAGGUGUCCGGGCGGGGCUGCGCCGUGUGCUCCAUGUUCAAUUACCUGUUCGUGGUGCCCGGCUGGGAGGGCGCGGGCCGGGAGCGGAGCCCCUCGCGCCGCGUGCUCUGCUACGACCCGCUGGGUGACAGCUGGUGCGACGUCUGUCCCCUGCGCCAGGCAAGGCCGCGCUGCCGGCUGGUGGCCCUGGACGGCCACCUCUACGCCAUUGGGGGCGAGUGCUUGGCCACCGUGGAGCGCUACGACCCGCGGCGGGACCGCUGGGCCUUCGCCGCCGCCCUGCCCCGCGACACCUUCGCCGUGGCCCACGCGGCCGCCGCGUGCGGCGGGGACAUCUUCGUCACCGGGGGCACCCUGCGCUCGCUGCUGCUGCGCUACGACGCCCGCGGGGACGCCUGGGCCGCCGGCCCGGCCGUGGGCGACAAGGACGGCACGGCCGAGCUGGUGGGCGCCCACGGGUUCCUGUACCGCUUCCAGGUGCGGCGCGGCGCCGGUGGCACCGAGGUGGCCGUGUCGCGGUGCAGCGCCAGCGCCGGGCUGUGGUACCGCUGCGCCGGCCGCCCCCUGCCCGAGCCGGCCGGGCUGCGCUGCGCCGCCCUGGGCGGCCUCGUCCACUGCCUGGGCCGCGGUUUCCACCUCCGCUUCCUGGCCGACCCCGUCGCGCCGCGCUUCGGGGCCAGGGAGCUGCGGCCCUUCCCCGCGCCCCACGGGAGCCUCCUGCCCGCCGUGCUGGUGCUGCCCGAGGGGGGCGCGGAGCCGCCGCGGCUCUGAGGGGAACCCAGGGAGAGGCGGCAGCCGCAGGAGGAGCCCCCAGCCCGAGCUGUGCAGCCCAAGCCUUCCAUGGACCUGGGCUGGAGAAAGGCAUCAAACCCUUGGAUUUGGCUUCUUCCCACUCCUCAGGCUGGAGAAAGGGCUCAAACCCUUGGAUUUGGCUUCUUCCCACUCCUCAGGCUGUAGGAAAGGAUUAAACCCUUGGAUUUGACCUCUUCCCACUGCUUGGGCUGGAGGAAGGGCUCAAACCCUCGGAUCCAGCCUCUUUCCACUCCUCAGGAUGGAGGAAGGGUUCAAACCCUUGGAUUUGGGUUCUUCCCACUCCUCAGGCUGGAGAAAGGGCUCAGACCCUUGGAUUUGGCCUCCUCAGGCUGGAGGAAGGGCUCAGGCCCUUGGACACUGCCAGGAAUGGCAGCCCGGAGGCUCCAGGAAGAGCCGGGAGGAGCCGGGCGGGCUCGUUUGCUCAGCGCAGAUUAAACAGGGCCGUGUUUGUUUGGGUGACAGCAAAUCCCGGAUCUCAGCGGGCUCCAGCUGUCCGGGAGCCCUUCGGGACCUCAUUCAGACCUGAUUUAGGGCCUGAUUUAGACCUGGCUUAGGCUCCAGGUGGUGAACGUUGACCCGGACAUGGAUGGGGUGGUUUAGGGUGGAGGUGCCACCAUGGCUUGGACACCUCCGUGCCCCAGUUUAGGGGCAGGGUUCGGGGCUGGCCUCGUUAUCUCUUAUCUCUUAUCUCGUUAUCUCUCACCUCCUCCUCCUCGGAGCGAGCUCUCUGUAUUUAAUUUCCGUGUAAAGCGGCGCCGGGGGUUUAGGCACAGCUGGGCCUAAAUUAAAGCGAACAUUCGGUGAAAUGAUGCCCGCGCCUCUUUUAAGCCGAGCCUAAUUGGAGGCGAGAGCGCGCUGCAUGUUCGACAUCGCUAAUUAGGCACGGCCGGCAGCUCCGGGGAGACGAGCAGGGAACAGCUCUGCAUCAUUCCCUUCUCCCGGCUUUUCUGGGAACAGCGCUCCUUCAUCCCCUUCUCCCAGUUUUUCUGGGAGCGAACAGUCUCCCCUUUCCCCAGAUUUUCUGAGAACAGCACUCUCUCAUCCCCUUUUCCCAGCUUUUCCCGGCUCAGACAUUCCCUCACUUCCUUUUCCCAGCUUUUCCAGGAACAGUGUUCCAUCUUUCCCUUUUCCCAGGUUUUCCAGGAGCAGAUGCUCCAUCAUCCCCUUUUCCCAGGUUUUCCCAGCUGAGACAUUCCCUCAUCCCGCUUUCCCAGGUUUUC